GUUGAAUUGUUUGAUCGUGACUCCUCUUGUGACCACAUCUGCAGAAUUUCUUCAUUGGGGAAUCAGUAUUUAGAGGUCUUCCUGUCAGUUCUUGGAUCAGUAUCACUUGUGCGGCCAACAAGCUAAGUAAAUGGAUAAACGGGACGCUUUGGACAGCAUCGGCUCGAUCACAGCGAUGGAGAAAGAUUACUUCUCAGUGAUUUCUCAGAUCUUCUACUAUCUGACAUUUCUGCUCGGAGUUCCUGGAAAUGUCUUUGUUGUGUACAUCGCUGGAAUGAAGAUGAAGAGGACCGUUAAUACGAUAUGGUUCCUUAAUCUAGCGAUUGCAGACCUCCUGUGCUGCUUUUCCACACUGAUCUAUAUAAUACGGUACUUUAUUGAUCACUGGCCAUUUGGAUCUGUCAUGUGCAAGAUUCAUCCAUUGGUUAUGGUUGUCAACAUGUUUGCCAGUGUCUUCAUCUUGAGUUUGAUUAGUCUAGAUCGGUUUACACAGGUGAUCACACCAGUUUGGGCUAAAAAUCAUCGCAGUCUGUUGCUUGCACGACUGUCCUGUGUAGCGGCCUGGGUCCUGGCUAUAGCUCUUAAUGUGCCCUUUAUUAAAUUAAGAGAAACUAAAACAAAACACAACAACACAUACUGCCUAUUUUUUCGUUAUGAUGACUUUGAAACAUAUAGAAUGUUGACUAUCAUCAGGUUUGUGUUUGGUUUUUUGAUUCCUCUCAUAUGCAUCACGACAUGUUAUGGAUUCAUCGCACGAAAGUUAGGCAGGAGUCGUUUUCACUCUGGACGAGCGUUUCGCAUCAUGUUGGCUGUUACUGUGGCCUUUUUUCUGUGUUGGUUGCCAGUCCACACUGUGUUUUUGAUCCGGAUGUUUGGUGUGAAUCAAAGUACCAGGGUGGCCCAGAGACUUGUCCGAUUGGUCAUCUCUUUGGCGUAUUUCAACAGCUGUCUGAAUCCAGUUCUGUAUUUUUUCAUAGGGCAGGAUAUUAAGGAGAAGUUUAAGCUUUCAUUAAAGUUAAAACAUGUUUUUGAAAGAGCUUUCUCUGAGGAGGGGACACAAAUACCACAAUCCACCGAGGCACAACAAAUGCAAUCAUUGUAGUUUGAAAAGUAUAAAAAAUCUUAAUAAUAAAUCUUUCGUCAGAAUAUCUUUUGCCUCUUCUACACAAAUUUUUUUCUUUUCAAAACUAUCACAUAUCGCAAUCUGAAGUCUGAUGUGUAAAAUGAACUGAUGUAAAAUGAUAAAACAUAACAGGUAGUGUAUUCUAGAACUUUUAGGAAGUGUGUCUGGUGUCCUGUGCAUUUCAUUUAGAUUUAUUUAAAGUAUCAAUAUGUAAUUUUUCAAGUUUAGAUUAAAAAUAUAUCCUUCAGGUAACAACUGCAUGUAACCAUGGUGUAAAAUAUACUGUGUAGCAACAUUUGCAAUGUAACGUGGAGAAUAUAGAGAAGGAAUUUGGACAAAAAUGAAUGAGAAAAAAAAAACAAAAUUAUAGCGAAGCUAUGUUUUUUUAUUUUUUUUAAAUUAUAUUUUAUUUGAUAAAGAACUGUUUAUGUCUUGAAAUGAACUUGGCGGGGGGUUGCAAAUCAUAUUUUCACCCAAAAUAAUGUUUCCUGCUAAUGUGAUAAUUCUCUAAAAUAUACAGAUGAAAAUGAUUCAGGUGGGAAAUAUAGAGAAAAAAAUCGACGUGACCAAGUUGCAGAAAAUCUGACUAAACAGUCCUAAUAUACAGUAUGUAAUAUGCUCUUAUGAAUAAUAGAUUCAAGAUCCAGAAAUCAAUGUCAAGUCGACUCUUGCCAUCUUCUGCUGUACUCUAGACAAUGAAAAAUUGCACAAGGGUAGAAAAUAUUAUAGAUAGUUCACUUAUCCCACCAUGAUAAACUGUACACACUUAUUUCUGCAUAUAUUCAGUGUUUAUAAAUUUACAUCAGUUCUUAACCAUCUUUCUGACUGACUUUAAACCGAUAGAGAGAGAGAGAGAGAGAGAGGAGAAUUUUCAACAACCUUUUUAUUAAAACAUUAUCUUACACCAAUUACACCAACUUCUAUUAUGAAAAUAAAAUAAAAUAAAUAAAUAGAUAAACAAAUAUAUAACCUUAUUUCAACACUUCUGAAAUCAUAAGUUCACUGUUAAUUACUGAGCACAAUACAUUGUCACAGCACCACUCAAUUACAAAUGUAUUCAUUGCACCCAUUAACCAGUAAAAAUUAAAAUCAAUAACAAUUCGUGAUUUCACAAUUUUUUUUGAAAGCCAAUACAAGAUCUUGACCCCAUUUCUGUUCUAUUUUGUUCCUCCUAGUUAUAUAAGUAGCUAGUUUUGAUUUACCCACAAUAUAAUUGAACAACUGACAUUUAAACUUUCUUUUUCAACUGUAAGUAUAACCAAGGAUAAACUCCUGCAUCGUAAAAGAAGAAUCAAAUAACUGUUUUAAAAUAUCAAACAAAAAAGAGAGUCUGUUACAGUACAUGAAACAAUGGAACACAGUUUCUCUUUCACUACAGUAAAGGCAUUUUUCACUCACAUUAGGGUUCAACAUACACACAAAAGAAUUGUAGAAUCUCCAAACUGUAUCUGUUCUAUCCUUUAAAUGUUUUGCAUUUAUCACCUUCACUAUGUUCAUAUACAAUAUUUUCCUUUUUUCUGAAAAAUAAAGAAAUAAAUAAAAAAGUUGCUCAUUAAACUCCUUUAUCAACAAAGGACUGUUAUCAUCUGGAAAAUUAAAAGCAGGUGUAAUACUUUUAUCUGGGAAAAAAGUCUUCACAGUCUGGAGUAAUAGAUUCCCUUUGUAUUCCUCAAGCAAAGCUCUUCUGUUUUCAAAGCUCCAUGCAGUUUUUUUUUAAAAAACAUUUGGUAAGUCUUGCAGAUCUCACUCCGAGAAGAGUUGUGGUUGCUUCCACAUGUCCAGAAUCAGGACCUGCUUUACUUAUAUGUUUCAACUGUAGAGAUUUACUUCUGUAGAGCAAGU